AACAGACCAGGAGGCUGGAAAGAAUCCCCUAAAAAAAAGGAGGCUGGAAGAAACAGCGAGAGCGCGUCGGCAAGGAGUCAUGGAGCCGGAGAAGCCCGAGGCGGCGGCGAAGCAGCCGAUGCAGGCGGAGGCCGGAGACCGGGUGGAUCCGCGCGAACUAGUGUCCAGCGACGACGAGAUAGACUACUCCGUCGAGCCCGAGUUCUACGACCCCGACCUGGAUGACGUCGAUGAGCGGUGGAUUAAUAGGCAGAGGAAAGGCCGCACUUCUGAUGCCGUGCUCAGCUGCCCAGCCUGUUUCACUACCCUAUGCUUGGAUUGUCAGAGGCAUGAGAAGUAUGUAAACCAGUACCGUGCGAUGUUUGUGCGCAACUGCAAGGUCAGGGCUGAUCAGAUCUUACGAGAGGGCAAGAGCAAGAGGAAAAACCACAAGGGGAAGGCUGCUGAUCCUUCAUCUACUACACCAGAAGCUGAAAGCAAGGGACAAGCUUAUCACCCUGUCUGUUGCGAGGUCUGCUCAACUGAGGUUGGAGUGUUUGACGAAGAUGAAGUCUACCACUUCUUUAAUGUCAUCCCUAGCAACUCCUGAACUUUGGCGGUGAUGUUCUGUGAAUUGCUGCUGUAGAAGUUUGUCCAUCCAUGUACGCUGUAGUUGUAUGGGAUCGUAUUUACUCUUUGUGUCGAUGAUCACUCUGUAACAUCAUGCUUCAGAAGUUCAGUACGCUCUGUUGCUCUUUGUUCUGAA